CUACUCCGUACCUUUUAGUGCCCUUCCCGGUCGAAUUCGGAGUUCGGUCUAGUUGGCAAGCUUGACACAAACUCGGGCACUGCCGUCCACCCACGAUCCUUUGCGUUCACACAUCUCACAUUUCUUUUUUUGCGACCAUGCCGGAGAAGAAGGUGUCCGUUCUCUUCGUUUGCCUCGGCAACAUCUGCAGGUCGACCAUGGCCGAAGGCGUCUUCCAGUCUAUUGCCAAGGGGCCGCAGUACAAAGACCGCAUUGGCAGAGUCGACUCCUCAGGGACAGGUGCCUAUCACAUCGGAGAACCGCCAGAUGACCGGACCAUGUCGACUCUGGAGGCCCAUGGCAUCACCGACUACGACCACCUAGCGCGGAAGGUGCGCCUCUCCGACUUUGACGAGUUCGAUUAUGUAUUCGCCAUGGACCGGCACAACCUCCAGGAUCUCCAACGGCUGAAGCGCGGGAAGCCCGACUCCAAAGCGACGGUGAAGCUCUGGGGAGAAUAUUCGGGGUCGAAAAGGGUCGAGGAAAUCGACGACCCAUACUAUGGCGGUGGGGAGGGGUUCCAGAGAGCAUACGAGCAGUGCACGCGAUUUUCACGCAACUUUUUGAAGGACAUAUUCCCCGACGGAGAGGCACCCAACUAGCGAUCUGUCGUCGUCCGUUUCCGUUAUUCGAGGGUGUUUCCGAGUUCUCGUGCCAGGGCGGGCCACGUCUGAAGUGUUGGCCCUGAUUUCUGCCGUUGUGUAUAGAGAUACCCGACGCUAUCAUCCCAUCACAACGAUGGAGUUGAAGCGAGUCUGACCAGUUGAUAGACAUGACCAGUUGAUAGACACCGAACCACCGUAUAAAGAUAUCAAGCCCAGCAGGGAAUUAUACUUUUGUCGUCAAGUUGGAAAACAUUUGUAAUUAUCUGCGACGACCGCUGAGGCAAUCAGAGAAGAGAUCCGAGUGCUCU